AUGACAUUUCCAAACUUUCUCAAGAUUGCAAUUAUCCCCCUGCAACAUAAUUGGGAGAUAAGAAAAGAUGAUAAUGGUGCUAUUAAAUCAGUACAGGGCUUAGAAGCAAGUCUCAUUGACAUUUUAUCUUCAAAAUUUGGAUUCGAUUAUGAACUUCUUGUUCCAGAGGACAAAACUUGGGGGAAAAUGAUUAAUGGUAAAUGGACAGGCAUGGUCGGAAUGGUCCAUCGAAAUGAAGCUCACUUAGCCCUGGGAGAUCUCACCAUCACUGAUAAAAGAAUGGAAGUAGUAGACUUUGUGCCAUAUGCAGUGGAAUCGAGUACUUUUGUGACAAAACUUCCUAAAACUUUGUUAAAACCAACAUCUUUUUUGAAACCCUUUCAGUGGCCUGUAUGGUUAGCAUUCGUUCUCGCUAUAUUACUGAUGCCUUUCCUGUUCAAACUCCUUAUGAAGAGGAAAGUAUCUGUAAUUAAACUGGCUCUUACUGCAGUUGGUUGUAUUUUCUUGCAACCUGUUUGCUUCAGUGUUAAAUAUGGGCGAGAUAAGAUUCUCGUAGGAAGUUGGAUUUUAUCAAGUGUUCUGAUUUCAUAUUGUUACACCGCUCUUCUGUUAUCUUCUCUCACAAUCCCAAUGCAUGAAAAUGGAGUUCGAACCAUCAAAGAUCUGGCAGUUGCUGCUUCGCAAGGUCGAUACAAGGUUAUGACAAACCGUGGGUCAGCUAAUUCAGAAAUGCUAAGCAUUAGUGUGAAUGAAGAUUUACGUCAGAUUACAAAUUACAUCACAGAAGCAGACUGGUUUUCUACCGAAGACACUGUAAUAGCUCCUGUCGAAAUAGAAGAAAAUGUUGCCAUACUGGGUGCGAGAUGGUUCUUUCUGUUAGAAUAUGGUGAACCACCUUAUACGAAUAAGUAUGUGUUUAAAGAGACAGUUAGUGUGGGAAAUGUAGGGUUAGCUAUGAACAAAGAAUUUUGUUGCAAAAAUAACUUCAGCAAGGCAAUAACGUGGUUGGUGGACUCGGGAGUUUUAAGAAAAAUAUACAAUGACGAAAUCUACAAAUCUCGUUGGAGGCUACAGUCGAGAGGAAAUUCGAUGUUGUCCAAUCCGAAACCAUUAUCGAUGCCUGAUAUGUUAGGCCCAUUUGUUUUAUUAGGUGGUGGCUACGCAUUGGGAUUGUUUAUAUGCCUAUGCGGAAUCGUCAAAUUUAAAAUUAUGCAGAUUAGACUGAAAAAAUUCUAG